AUGGAUCCAAAUCACUCCAACUUUCUGGAGCCCCAGCCCUCCCCAGAAGCCCUCAAGCCUACCUUGAACCCUAGCUCACUCGUGGUGAACAAGACCCAGCCGCAGGACCCCCCCAGCCUGGUGGGUGACAAGUUGCCCCCAAAGACAGGGGCGGUGGUCAUCGACAUGGGCACAGGCACCUGUAAGGUGGGCUUCUCCGGGCAGGCCCGGCCCACCUACACCGUGGCCACCAUCGUCGGCUGCCAGCCCAAGAAGCCGGCCAGCAAUGGGCAGCCGGUGCUGGAGACGUUCAUCGGGGAGGCAGCCCGCACGCGCCCCGAGCUGACGCUGGUGCAGCCGGUGCGGAACGGCAUCGUGGUGGACUGGGACGCAGCCGAGCUCAUAUGGCGCCACAUGCUGGAGCACGACCUCCGCGUGGCCACCCGCGACCACCCACUGCUCUUCUCUGACCCUCCCUUCAGCCCCACCACCAACCGCGAGAAGCUGGUGGAGGUGGUCUUCGAGUCACUGAACUCCCCCGCCAUGUAUGUGGCUUCCCAGUCAGUGCUGUCCGUCUACGCGCACGGCCGGGUCAGCGGGCUGGUGGUGGAUACGGGCCAUGGGGUCACCUAUACAGUGCCAGUCUUCCAGGGCUACAACCUGCCCCAUGCCACAGAGCGCCUGGACUUGGCGGGCACGCACCUGACCGCCUUCCUGGCGGAGAUGCUGCAGGGCUCCGGCUUGCCCCUGGGGCAGCAGGACCUGGACGCUGUGGAGAACAUCAAGCACCGCUACUGCUACGUGGCCCCCGACUUCGUAAAGGAACAGGCCCGGCCCGAGCUGGAAUGCCGCCAGACCCUGAAGCUGCCCGACGGGCGGACAGUCACACUAGGCAAGGAGUUGUUCCGGUGCCCGGAGCUGCUGUUCAGCCCCCCGGAGAUCCCAGGUCUGUCGCCUGUGGGCAUCCCCACCAUGGCCGCACAGAGUCUUCACAAGGUGCCCCUGGAGGUGCGGACCGAUGUAGCCCAGAAUGUGCUGCUCUGCGGGGGUUCUUCGCUCUUCACCGGGUUCGAGGGUCGCUUCCGGACUGAGCUGCUGCGCAGUCUGUCCUCAGAGCCCCACAUGGUGGUAACGGCCCAGCCCACCAGGAAUUUCUCCGUGUGGAUCGGGGGCUCCAUCCUGGCUUCACUGCGCGCCUUCCAGUCCUGCUGGGUCCUGCGGGAGCAGUACGAGGAGCAGGGGCCCCACAUCGUGUACCGAAAAUGCUACUGA